AUGGGGUUCUCGGACAAAUGGUUAAGGCUGAUUGGAAACUGUAUAUCUUCUUGUUGGUUUUCUGUUUUAAUAAACGGGAGUGUGGCUGGUUUCUUUAAAUCGUCACGGGGGCUCAGACAAGGGGAUCCGAUCUCACCCUCAUUAUUUAUCUUAGCAGCGGAUUACUUGUCAAGGCUGCUAGAUCAUCUCAUCAUUGGCCGUGAGGAGAUGAUGUAUCGCACGGCAAGGUAUACUAUGGGAAUAUCUCAUUUGGCGUAUGCAGAUGAUAUUAUGGUUUUCUCGCAGGCCAAGACUUCUUCACUCCUGCAGCUUACUGAUUGUUUGAGUCAUUAUAUGAAGGUUUCUGGUCAAAAAGUCAAUGUAGGAAAGAGCUGCUUCUACUUGGACAAAAAACAUGCUGCAUGGGCAAGGGAGGUUAGGGAAGUUAGUCGGUUUCAACAGGGGUCCCUUCCUUUUACUUAUCUGGGAUCCCCAAUCUUUAAGGGCUGGAAGAAAACAAAUGAGGGGGGCUUGGGCAUACGUAGCUUGGCAGAUUCGGUGGAGGCCUUUAGUCUCAAAAUGUGGUGGAGGUUUAGGGAACAAGACUCCCUGUGGGCAAGGGAACAGGUCAGAUGGGUGGUGGGAGAGGGGAAUAUCAAUUUUUGGUUUGAUUCUUGGGUGACAAAUUAUCCUCUGAGAGAGGAAGAGGGACUGCCUGAGGAGGUAGUUGAGAGGAUCUUACAGAUUCCCAUUGACAAUGGAGUUAGAGAUAGGGGAAGGUGGAAGUUGUCAAGGAAUGGUGAGUUCUCAACAGCCUCGGCUUGGGAGCUUGUGAGGAGUAGAGCAGAAAGAAACGAGUGUGUGCAUAGGGAGAAGAGGUUUGAUAUUGAGAGUGUGAUCAAGAAAGUUAAUUCACAGCUGCGAAAUUUGGUGUUAGCUAAAGUGAUCUCUCCAGAUCAGUGGAGGGGCUGCUUUCCUAGGUUGGAUGUGAUGUGUGGCGUGGAGCAGGUGGUUCGGAGGGGAAAAGUAGGAAGGGUACAGUGGAGGCCCCCUGAUUCAGGAUGGAUGAAACUAAAUGUGGAUGGUGCGUUUUCUUUAGAAUUAAAAAGGGCAGGUGGGGGAGGUGUGGUAAGGGAUCAGGAGGGGAAAAUUGUAGUGGCAUUUUCUACAGGCUUGGAGAGGAACUCGGGCUUGGAAGCUGAGGUUGGUGCUGUGCUGGCAGGGGUGAUUCUGGCUAAACGGCACACCAGCAGACUCUUGAUUGAAUCGGAUGCAGAUAGAGUUGUGCGAUGGCUGUCAACGGAUCAGCUUGACCCGGCAGAAGUUUGCUCUGAGUUGAGGAGGAUUAGGAAGGAAUUGCAAGGGCUGGAAUGGAGAAUGUCUCACAUUUACAGGGAGGGUAACAAAGCUGCAGAUUUCCUUGCAGGUAUUGGAGUUCUAACGGAGGAGAAGAGAGAAUAUACAAAAAGUUCGCCCCCCCUCGUGUUAGGGCCUUGUGCAGAUUGGAUCAGCUUGGUCUCCCCAAUUUCAGGUUUUGAUCGUGGUUACUUGUGUUGCCUUUGGCUGGAAUGGAGUGCAAUGAUGGCUCGGGAGAUGAUGGACAGGAGGUUUGCUGCUGGUUCAGACACAAGAGUAUACAAUUUGCUGCUGGUUCAGACACAAGAGUAUACAAUUUGA